GUAAUUCUGUAGCCAAACUACUGUCAACUAGCUGUCCUACUCCCGCGGCCGCCCCUUCUACUUCUUCUACGAAACCCCCUUUCCCUCCUCAUAUAUUAACUCCGCUCUCCCCCUCUUCUCAAACCAUCAUCGCAAUUUACCAACUAAUCUUCAUUCCAAACAAACACUUUCACUUCAAUGCCGUCGAUCCAGCAUCCAAAUUUCCAAGAUUUCUUCCCGCUCAUGGCUGAGAAGCUAGGCGGCGACGGAUUGCUUGCCGAAUUGUGUAACGGUUUCCGGUUAUUGAUGGACUCUGAGAAGGGGGUCAUCACAUUUGACAGUUUGAAGAAGAAUUCUGCUUUUUUGGGGCUCCAGGAAUUGUCGGAUGAUGAUCUUUACAGUAUGCUCAAAGAAGGGGAUUUCGACGGAGACGGCGCUCUGAAUCUGAUGGAGUUUUGUGUCUUGAUGUUCAGAUUGAGCCCAGAGCUGAUGGACCCAUCUCAGCUUUUGUUGGAAGAAGCUCUUCUACAGGAGGAGGGUUUCCAAGAUUUCAACUUUUCUUUGUAAUCAUUUUGUUUUCCAAUUCUUUGUGAAGUAGCCAGUGGUGAUUAUUCCCGUUUAUAGAGAAACAGACUGAAUAAAUUUAAAGAUUCAUUGACGUUUGAGAUA